CUCCUUGUCACGCAGGACCAGCAUGGCCGACGACGAGCCUUUAGCCUGCACAAAGAAGCACCAUCAUCCUAUGGCCAGGUUCCUCUGAACCACGAUCUUCUCCCAACAGCCAUGGCGCAAGAGCCAGUACCCCUCACUCAUGGCAGACAUGAGAUGCUAGCCCCAGUUGCGCGCUUGAACGGUCGGGUGUUUGACGACGACCCCGUGAUCACGUACAUGUUGCUUGACAUGCCAACGGAAGAGCGACUAGCGUACCUCCCGACGUACUGGUCCGUUCUCGUCAAGUCUGCUUUGCUCAACGAUGCGAUCAUCACCGAGGCGGACGGCUGGAAAGCUGCGUCUGUUGUUACCCCCCUGGGUAAGCAUGUUGACAAUAUCUGGACUCUCUUCUAUGCUGGCUUCCUCUGUGUGCUAUGGAAGAUGGGACUUUCUGGGUUCAAGCGUCUAUGGACCGAGUUCUCAGGCAUGACCGAUAAUGCGAAAAAGAUCGGUCUCCGUGGACAGAAGCAGUACUACUACAUCUUCAGCAUAGGGACUGAGGCCGAGCACCGUGGGAAAGGUCUCGCCAAAGCCAUCAUGCGCGAGCACAUGAGGAAAGCUCAACUCGAAAACGUCCCUAUCUGGCUGGAAGCUACAACACCCAGCUCACGGAAACUGUACCUCUGGAUGGGAUUCGAGGAAAUCGAGGAGAUCACACUUGGGAAAGGCAAAGUCGACAGAAACGCACACCUCCAACCUGGAGGACCGGGUGUACCGCUCUGGGCGAUGGUCUGGUGGCCUGAAGAGCAGUCUGGUCAUAACUCUUCAUCCUAAGACGAUUGUUAUUAUCCUGUCAGUUUCUACUUACGCAUCUUCCGUGGACUGCGGCAUACAUUCCCACCACAAUACGCAGCUCUGAAUUAUCUGUAAUUUGGUUUUAUGCUUCAAGACUUUUCACGCGAUAGAGAUCUUGGUAAAGCCCACGUUUGAAAGAGAAAUAAGUACACACUAUAUGGCCCACUUCGUGAGACACCAGAAGCAUUUUUUCAGAAAGGUUACAAAAUAAAGCCCACCAGCCAGACUUAUAAG